ACAAUGUUUUUGCUCUAAAAUUUCACAUUUUUUCAUUUUGCUUCUGUCAGAUUCUUUGGCUCUACUGAACCCUGGUUUUUCCUCUUCUUUUCACGACCGUAACUUCUUGUCUAUCGAUCAAUGGAUCCGCAGCCCGAACCAGUGAGCUACAUCUGUGGCGAUUGUGGAACGGAGAACACAUUGAAGCCAGGUGAUGUGAUUCAAUGUCGUGAAUGCGGUUACCGCAUCUUGUACAAAAAGCGCACUCGCAGAAUUGUUCAAUAUGAAGCACGCUGAAGACAAUCCUGGGAAGGAUGACGGCAUCCAAAGUCCCACCAACUCUGUUACCAUCAAGCAUCCUUAAGUGACUUGGAUUCUUAUGAAGUAUUAGGUAACUUGGAGUCUUGGUAUAGAUAAUGUGAUUAGAGUUAUCAUUGUCAGUGAAACCUUGGUUUCUACUCUAUUGACAGUAAAUCUUAUAGUUUUGCAUACGAAGAUUGUGCUCUUUUUCUCCCUUGGGUAUGGGAAUUUAUGCAUGAUGUGAUAUUAGGCA